UUGCAAAUUACUUUAGUACAUUUAUAAUUAAUUGUUUGUCUUCUUUAAUAAUAGUAGGUAAAAAAAAUUAGUAGUUCAUAAAAAUAAAUUAUGAGCCAAAAACAAGUUGUAAUUUAGUUUAAAUAUAAAAAUAAUACCUAUGAGAUCUAUGAGCACCCCAUAGAUUUGACUAGAAUAAAAGAACUAAUUAAAAAAAUGAUAAAAUAUAAUGGAGAUAUUUAAUUAAGUUGGAUGAGAGUUCCAAAUUCAGAUUACAUUAAUAUUAUAGAUGAUAUAAACUUAUAAAGAUGUUUUGAAAAGCAAAUUAGUAGUUAACAAUAGUAAAACCCAUUAGAAUAUAUAAUUAAUCUAAAAGUUAGUGAAGAUUAUUCAUCUAGCUCAGAUUAAUUCAACAUCAAACCUUCUGAAAAAGAUUUAUCUAAGAGCACACAGUUAUAAUAUCCUAUUGGAUAGAAAUUUAUAAACUCCUCACAAGACGCUUAAUUUUAAAAUAUUUAAAUUGCGCCUCCUCAAACUGAAUAUGAUAGAUCAAAAUAUACUGAUUACACUUGCUAUAAUUGCGGUGGCGAUAAUUCCCAAGUUCAAGGUGAUUAAAAGUGUUAAAUCUGUCAAGGUGUAGGAAAAUUACUUAAAACAAAAGAAAUUGAAACCAUAGAAUACUUAAUUGAAAAAAAGCUUUGUUAGCUAUAUCCGGAAUUAAAAUAAAUUUAUAAAAGAUUUUAGCAAAAUGGAAAUAAUGCAGAGGAUAUCGCUCCUUCCUCUUUAGGAAAAACUGAAUAAAUCUAACAGUAAUAAGCUCAGAUUUAACAAUAAUAGUAGUAGUAGCAGCAAUAACAACAAUAACAAUAAUAAGUAGUUUAGAUUUAACAAGAUAGUGAAGGUUAGCAAUAAGAAAAUAAACUAAAUGAUUAAAAAUAAUCAGCUGCACCUGAAUAGUAGAUUGUAUUAGAAUAGGGAUAAUAAUAGCAAUCAUAAGAUUCUAAAAAAGGUAACCCUAAAAAGAAGAAGAAAGCUAUUUUAUUUGAAGAGUUAUUCUCAAAUCCACCUAAUGAGCAAGCCUUGACAAACAAUUUUGGAUUAACUCCGAGUGGAGAAGAUUAGUAAACUUAAGUUAUUAAUAAAUUGCAGCCAGAUUUAUUAAAGCAAGACAAUAUUCCUGCAAUUAAUUUGUUAAAGGGUUCUGAUGAGCUAUUUUCUUUUGAUGUUUUUAAACAUCCUUAUGAUAAAAAUGAAAUAGUUUUUAAGCAAAAUGAAAAGUAGGUUCUUAACUUUGAGAUUAGAAGAAAAUCAAAACAGUGGCCUAUUUCUAAAAUGUUUAUUGAAGAAGUACCAGAAAAAUACUUUGAUAACUUAAGCGAAAAGAAAGAGUUUGAUUUUUCUGCUAAUGAAGAAAUUUAAACAAUUUAACUUAUAUUAAAACCUCUCCCUACAAUUUAAGGUACAAUUAUAUCCAAGUGGAAAUUAUAUUACAUAGAUAGCAAUAAUGAGAGGAGAUCCAUAAGUGGUGUUAUACCAUUAAAGGCUAUUAUUUAAAAUAGCUGA